AUGCAGGUCUGUUCGGACUGGCGCUGGAGCUUGUGUGCAAUUGGUGUAGCGCUGGGGCCGCUGGGUUUUCUCGCAGACCCGUGCUGGCGAUUCGUGGGCCACGCCCCGGGCCCAAAGCAUUGCUUGAAAGCUGGCACCGUCCGGGCCCGGGCACCUACACCGCAACGGAGGCCCUCGAAGCGGAUCGGCUCCCGACGCGGCCCACGUGGCAGUCGUGCGCCUGGGCCCAGGUGGCCGAAGAGCGAAGCUCCGAACGCUGCUGCGGAAGCAAGGAGAUGUGCUCCAGCAGCCCCUGCCUUCGUGCCAGGGCUCGUGCGCCCGGAGGUCAUCUAUGUUGAGACGCUUAUGGCAUCAGAGGAUGUGUUUCUAGUAAACCGGGACUCGAACCUCGAGGAGGUCGCGCGUUGGAUUCGAAACGGAGGUCACGCGCUCGUGGUCGAUCACUGGCGUGAUUUGGAAAGAUGUCGGGCUGCUGUCCUCAAGCCACUCAAGAAAGCUGCUGCAAGCGCAAAGGAAGCGGAAAGACAGCGCACUCUGAAAAAGCAGCUAUCGGAUCGACUGCUGGGUCAGGUGGCUGAGGGGCGCAUCGCUCUGCAAGGUGCUCCCCGUGCUGACUUCUUGAGGACAUUGUACGGUGAUCUCUUUUCAGACGGGCACCGGUUUGCGUUGCCGUCGGGCGUGCUGAUGGGGCUGGCCAAUGCCUGGCAGUAUUUCGAAGGAGGUGUGCGAUUCCCUUUCCUUGCGCCGCCGGUGCUUGCUGGACCAGUGCGGCCCUUCUAUGGCGUUUACGCCUACCCCCAUCCUGUGACACACUUCGACAUGCUGAUCGAGUGGCUACGGAACUCCAGCGACAGCCGCACUUUACAAAGUGCUUUAGAUGUCGGUACAGGCUGUGGCGUGGUGGCUUUGAUGCUCCGACAAAUCGCUGGCAUUCCAGAUGUCGUUGCCACUGACGUGAGUCCCAAUGCCGUGUAUGGCGCACGGGAAGAACUGAAGCGCCAGGGCCUUGAUGAUGUCGAGGUUCUGUGUUCGGAUCUUUUCACAGGCAUGGAUCGCAAGUUUGACCUAGUGGUGUUUAACCCACCUUGGCUACCGCUGCCCCAGGCUACUGCAAACGAGCCUCCCAGGACUGUUCUGGACUUAGGCAAUUUUUAUUCCCCGGACCUUUUCCGGCGCUUCUUCGACGGCUUACCCAGAGUGCUCAAUUCCGACGGUCGGGCCGUGCUUCUUUUCUCCAAUCACGCAGAAAUCCGGGGCUAUGUGGACCAGCACCCCUUCAAGGCAGUGAUGGAUUGUGGCGAUCUCCGAGUUGAGAAGGUUCUCUCGCGAGACUUCGACGUCGAAGGGAGGCGGAGGCGAACAGGACGGCCGCAGGUGAAGCCCAGCCUGGAACCGGCUGCAGAGCUUUGGGAGUUGCGGCUAAAAGGUAAUUAA